UUACCAUUUACUUAUCAUCAUCAUCAUCAUCAUCAUCAUCAUCAUCAUCAUCAUCAUCAUCAUCAUCAUCAUCAUCAUCAUCAUCAUCAUCAUCAUCAUCAUCAUCAUCAUCAUCAUCAUCAUCAUCAUCAUCAUCAUCAUCAUCAUCAUCAUCAUCAUCAUCAUCAUCAUCAUCAUCAUCAUCAUCAUCAUCAUCAUCAUCAUCAUCAUCAUCAUCAUCAUCAUCAUCAUCAUCAUCAUCGUCAAUCUUUCGAUAA